UCGACCGGACUCUUUAUAUUUGGGAGCGGUCCAACAGAACCGAGCUGGGUGCCUCUGUUUCGGCAAGCGUUUGGUGGACAUUCCGGAAAGGGUUGCGCUGCAAUUCUCCCCAAAGGAACCGGCGUAACGGGAAGUUCAAACAGCGACGAAAAACGCAAAUCAUGCCACCAAAGAACGACGAUGGCGGAUGGAAGAAGUUUCUGUGGGAUUCGGAGAAAGGAGAGCUGCUCGGUCGUACAGGAGGCAGCUGGUUCAAAAUUAUUGUCUUCUACGUCAUCUUCUACGGCUGCUUGGCCGGCAUCUUCAUCGGCACAAUCCAGGCCAUGCUCCUCACCCUGAGCAACUUCAAGCCCACAUGGCAGGACCGAGUCGCUCCCCCCGGCCUCUCACACACCCCCCGGUCUGACAAAUCCGAAGUGUCCUUCAACCCCAAAGAAGUGGAGACCUACCUGCCUUACACCAAGGCCUUGAGGGAAUUCCUGGCCAAGUAUGACGACGACAAGCAGGCCGACCAUAAGGAUUUUGACGACUGUGGAGAGGAUCCGGGGGAGUACAAGAACCGCGGUGACCUGGAGAGCGAUGCGGGUGUCAGAAGGGCCUGCCGUUUCUCCAGGAGCCUGCUGGGCCCCUGCUCUGGUCUGGAUGAGAAAGACAAAGACUUCGGCUUCGACAAAGGCCAACCGUGCAUCGUCGUGAAGCUCAAUCGCAUUGUCAACUUCCGUCCUCGUCCUCCUCUCUCAAAUCAAAGCAUCCCUGAAGAAGCUCAACACAAAGUGCAGCCCAAUGUGAUCCCCAUCUACUGCACCAAUAAGAGAGAGGAAGACGCUGGGAAAAUCGGCGAGAUCAAAUACUACGGCAUCGGCGGCGGCUUCCCGCUGCAGUACUACCCGUACUACGGCAAGCUGCUCCACCCGCAGUACCUGCAGCCGCUGGUGGCGCUGCACUUCACCAACCUGACCCGAAACGAGGAGCUACGCAUCGAGUGCAAAGUUUACGGCGACAACAUAUCCUACAGUGACAAGGAUCGCUACCAGGGACGCUUUGACAUCAAGAUCACGGUCAACGGUUUAUGACCGCCACCGGGACCGUAGAGCACUGUCCGGUCACGCCCUCCCUACCCCCUCCCUUCCCCCCUGUCCUAUUCCACCUGUUGACAUGAAGUAGAUAAGUAGUCGGGGGGGGGCUAAGUCGAUCGCACUUUCUUCCUUCCGGUUAGCAUUGGCGCACAGUUUUAGCAGGGGGUGGGGGGAAAACCUAGCUGUUAGGCCACGCAAGCGUAUUUAUUCUGCUGUAAGUGACAUUUCCCCACUAGCGAUUUUGGGCGCAUUGUAUAUUCACAAGCGUACAAGUGGACCACCAUCUACCCCCCCCCCCCUCCUUGUCAUAUCACUGCCUAGGUACCUCGCUUUUCCGUCAUUUUUCCAGCGUGAUGUUCCACGGCCCGUAGUGAUUGAUUGGCUUGGACCACUCUUCUGAUCUUAAAUGAAAAAGGCUGCACUCCAGGGAACUUCUUUCCUCCUUCUUGUUUUUUUUUUUUCUUCUGUUGUCUUUGAUCUUUGAUCAUAGGGGCCUUGUUUUUACUUUGCCUUCUUUUUUGUGCUUAAAUCACUUACAAGUGUGCAGGGGUUUUAUUAAAUGCCUUUUUAAUUGAUUUUCCUUUGUUGUGCUUUCCAACCCGCGGGUUAGACUCGCUCGCGGUGCUGGCUCGGCUUUAUGUUCUUCUGUGGACUCCCGUCACAAUAUUGUGGCGCGUGUCCCUCUCUGAAUGUUUUUAGCCAUCAAACAUGGUGGAUGAAUUGUAUAUUUAUACAGUUGUACAUUUUGUUUCUGUGCAAAGAAAAAUAUUGUUAAUGUAUACAUGCAAUACCAAAGUUAUGAUCUGUACAAGGGUCAACGUUUGAUUGCCUUGCAACCUAUUCGUGGCUCACUCUUGAAAUGGGAGGGGCGUUUUGGGCGAUGAAUGUAGUCGGAACCAGGGCACUUAAGUGAUCACGACGUUCAUGCAUUUCACAUAAAUAAAAUGAGAGGAAAAGAACCUCAAAGAGCUCUUGCAGCUUUUAGGUGACAAACCAUGUUGGUAAUUUAGUGUAUAGGAUCAUGUCUGAAACACUUGAACUUGUACAACCUACCAUCAUUUCAUGCACCCUUUGCCAUUUAAUCCAAGAUAGAAACAAAUAAAAUCCUAAUACUCCU